GGCGCGGGCGCGGCGCUGCGGCGGGGCCGCGCCUGCCAGCGGCCGGGAGGCAGCGCCGCCGCUCCCGCUCCGCUCCCGCCGCCGCUCCGCAACUUUCGGGCGAGCGCUGCCCCUCGUCCUCGUCCCCCCGCCGGCGGCCGGGCACAGAGGAAAACGUUAGUGCACAAUGCUGAAAUUGGCGAUCUGGUCGCUGAGUGUAAGAACAAAGUGAACAGCUGCACCUUCACCAAAGCAACCACCUGCGUUCCUCUUCUCCUCUGGAAUGGACAAUGGGAUGGUCUCUGACUUUAUCAUGAUCAAAAACUUCUUCCUCUUCUGCGUUUCCAUGAGUUUAGCCAGCCACUUCGGCUUUUCACAAACGCCAACACCAUCAGUAAAAGAGGAGGCCAAUGAUAACAUCACCAUAUUCACCAGGAUCCUGGACGGUCUGCUGGACGGCUACGACAACAGGCUGCGCCCAGGGCUGGGAGAGAGAAUAACUCAGGUGAAGACAGACAUCUAUGUUACCAGUUUUGGUCCUGUGUCAGACACAGAAAUGGAAUACACCAUUGACGUUUUUUUCCGACAAAGCUGGAAGGACGAAAGGCUGCGAUUCAAAGGACCUAUGCAGCGCCUCCCUCUCAACAACCUGCUGGCCAGCAAGAUUUGGACCCCAGACACUUUCUUCCACAAUGGCAAGAAGUCUAUUGCUCACAACAUGACAACCCCAAACAAACUCCUGCGCCUGGAGGAUGAUGGCACUCUGCUGUAUACCAUGAGAUUGACCAUCUCCGCUGAAUGUCCCAUGCAGCUUGAAGAUUUCCCCAUGGAUGCACACGCUUGCCCAUUAAAAUUUGGAAGCUAUGCUUAUCCCAAUUCUGAAGUGAUCUAUGUGUGGACUAACAGCACCACAACGUCUGUGGUGGUGGCUGAGGAUGGCUCACGACUUAACCAGUACCACCUGAUGGGACAAACCGUGGGCACAGAAAACAUCAGUACCAGUACAGGUGAAUAUACUAUUAUGACAGCCCAUUUUCAUCUGAAAAGAAAAAUUGGUUAUUUUGUCAUCCAAACGUACCUUCCUUGCAUUAUGACUGUGAUCCUGUCGCAAGUGUCGUUUUGGCUAAACAGAGAAUCUGUCCCUGCUAGAACUGUCUUCGGAGUAACAACAGUCCUCACCAUGACCACCUUAAGUAUCAGUGCCCGUAACUCUUUGCCAAAAGUGGCCUAUGCUACUGCAAUGGACUGGUUUAUAGCUGUUUGCUAUGCCUUUGUAUUUUCGGCAUUGAUUGAAUUUGCAACAGUAAACUAUUUCACCAAGAGGAGUUGGGCGUGGGAUGGCAAAAAAGCCCAGGAAGCUGCAAAAAUCAAGAAAAAAGAGCGCAACUUGCUGGGAAAUAAACCAACUAAUACCUACAGCACCGGGAAGCUGACUCCUGCACCAAACAUGCCAAAGGACUCAGGCCCAUCAGUCAUCUCAAACACGACAUCUGCUCCAGUGAAGCCUGCAGAGGAAAAGCCUGCUGAAAGCAAAAAGACUUACAACAGCAUCAGUAAGAUUGACAAAAUGUCCCGGAUAAUUUUUCCAGUGCUGUUUGGAACUUUUAAUUUAGUUUACUGGGCCACAUAUUUGAAUAGGGAGCCUGUUAUUAAAGGUGCCAAUUCUCCAAAAUAAACUGAAGUACUCUGGAGCCACAUGUGAGCCAUACUUACAAAGCAGAUGCUACCAAGGAAAAUUUGAGAUCCAGAUGACUUUCUACGUUUGGGCAAUAUUCUUCAGGAAGUUUUUUGCAUGUUUAAUAAUAUGUACAAAUAAUAUUGCCUUGAUUGUUUCUACAUGUAACCUCAGAUGUUUUGGAGACAAUUAUAUUACUUACAGCAACAGAUCUUUAUAAAAGAUCAGAAGACAUUGAACAUGGCUUCUUUGCUGCUGAGUAUCUUGCAUUGAUAGUUUACAAAUAAAAUAAGUUAUAUUUUUUAACUGUUCAAGUGUACUACAUAUCGUGGUUUUUAUACUUCAGAUGUACAGUCAUACAAAUAUGGGCUUAACCUAUAUUUUACAGAAGAGCUCCACUAUUGUCAUCUGAUAAGUUACUGAGUAACGCCAGUUGUAAAUGUGCCAAAUUAUUAAGUGUAGGGCUAUGUUUGAGCACCUUUACUAGUUACAGGUAGUGCAUAACUCCACAGACAAAACUGCUCAGCCCAAUUUUCAUUGGAAGUUUAAUACAAUGCAGUAAAUCCUAAUGGGAACUAUGAUGAUUUUCACUGCUUGAGAUCCUAGUUUGCAGUGAGAUAACAUAGGGAGCAGGAUGCUACUUAUGUAAAUAAAGAUGAUGGAAUCUUGCCCUUAAACAAAAAUGCGAAGUUUGUUUGGAUUUUGCCUUCCAAGGAAUUCGCUCUAAUGAUUCUUGGUAUUUAUUCCAAAAAUAAAGACUUAUAUUGCAUGAAAUUAACAUAGAUUAGGAACAUACUUGUGCAAAUAAAACUUCUGACAACAGCAGUAGACAUUUUUAUCAGGGUAAAGUAAAUUAUGUUUGGACAUUUUUCCAAGAAGAAGACUGUGUUAUAUUAGCAGAGAUUAGCAGAAUAUAAUUACAGUAAUUCUGCAAUAAUUAUUACUUGUUUCCCACUGCAAAAAACAAUCAGCCAACAUUUGGAAGUGUGAUCAGAAAAAAAGAUGUGCUUCAUGACAGCAAGGUGUUUCAGUGACAAUAUUGACAGAAAGGUCUUUGUACUGUCCAUCUGAAACUUUUCUAUAAAACGCCUUGCUGCUGACAAUGUGUUUUGCUUUCACAAUGAAUGAGAAAAUGCAGUCUGAGUUUUCAGCUCUUUCCUCCUUGGCAUCCUUUAAUUGUUCCAGAAGCUUUUGUAAUUAAAUCUUAAUGUUUAAAUAAAAAAUGCAUUCAAUAUUUGAUUGCAAAAUGUC